AGAGACAGAGCGCGAGCGGAGGGAGAGGCAGGGACCGCGCCAGCAGGGCGAGGCGACAGGCGCUCAGGCUGGCGGAGACGGGCGGCCCCACGCCGGGCCAGGCGGGGCGAGCGGGAGGACCCAGUGAAGAGCCCGGGAGAGGGGCGAGGCUCCCUGGCGGCCACAGCCGAGGGGGCGGCCAGUCCCUGUCGCUGUCGCGGGCGGGUGCUGGAGGCAGGGGAAGCCGGCGCGCGGACCGACUGACUUACUGACUGACCGCCGGAGGCACACCCCGCUCCGCCCCGGUCCACCUCGCACGUCCCAGCCUGGGCGCCGCCUCCCCCGUAAUCCCCCUGCCACCCGAUCCUUCUCCACUUCUUUAACGCCUCCGCCUCUCCCGGGCUCCCGCGGCGCGGGUGCCUUCCCCUGGCCCAGGCGGGGCGCCUCGGCUCCCCGCGGAGCUCUCCCUAGAGUCAGGGGGGACAUUACGUGCUAGAGGAGAGACAGCCCCUGAGCUGGGCCAGAGGUGCCCAGGGAGCUUCUGCCCCGAGGACCGGGGGAUGCGAAGGGGUUCCCUUCUGCCAACUCUUUCUCAGUCACUUUGAGUCUGGCCCAUUUGAAGACUGAGGUUAUGAAGUCGAUCCUAGAUGGCCUUGCAGAUACCACCUUCCGCACGAUCACCACAGACCUCCUCUACGUGGGUUCGAAUGACAUCCAGUACGAAGACAUCAAAGGCGACAUGGCAUCCAAAUUAGGGUACUUCCCACAGAAAUUUCCUCUGACAUCCUUCAGGGGCAGUCCCUUCCAAGAAAAGAUGACUGCAGGAGACACUCCCCAGAUGGUCCCAGCAGACACAGGGAACAUUACAGAAUUCUACAACAAGUCUCUGUCAUCCUACAAGGAAAAUGAUGAGAACAUCCAGUGCGGGGAGAACUUCAUGGACAUGGAGUGUUUCAUGAUUCUGAAUCCUAGCCAGCAGCUGGCUAUUGCCGUGCUGUCCCUCACACUGGGGACCUUCACGGUUCUGGAGAACCUGCUGGUGCUGUGUGUCAUCCUUCACUCCCGCAGCCUGCGCUGCAGGCCUUCCUACCACUUCAUCGGCAGCCUGGCGGUGGCAGACCUGCUGGGCAGUGUCAUUUUUGUCUACAGCUUCGUUGACUUCCAUGUGUUCCACCGCAAAGACAGUCCCAAUGUGUUUCUGUUCAAAUUGGGUGGGGUCACGGCCUCUUUCACCGCCUCUGUAGGCAGCCUGUUCCUCACAGCCAUCGACAGAUACAUAUCUAUUCACAGGCCCCUGGCCUAUAAGAGGAUCGUCACCAGGCCCAAGGCCGUGGUGGCCUUUUGCCUGAUGUGGACCAUAGCGAUUGUAAUCGCUGUGCUCCCUCUCCUAGGCUGGAACUGCAAGAAGCUUCAGUCUGUUUGCUCGGACAUUUUCCCACUCAUUGACGAAACCUACCUGAUGUUCUGGAUUGGGGUCACCAGCGUGCUGCUGCUAUUCAUCGUGUACGCGUACAUGUACAUCCUCUGGAAGGCCCACAGCCACGCAGUCCGCAUGAUUCAGCGUGGAACGCAGAAAAGCAUCAUCAUCCACACAUCAGAGGAUGGCAAGGUACAGGUGACCCGGCCAGAUCAAGCCCGCAUGGACAUUAGGCUGGCCAAGACCCUGGUCCUGAUCCUGGUGGUUUUGAUCAUCUGCUGGGGCCCUCUGCUUGCGAUCAUGGUGUACGAUGUCUUUGGGAAGAUGAACAAGCUCAUUAAGACGGUGUUCGCCUUCUGCAGUAUGCUCUGCCUGCUGAACUCCACCGUGAACCCCAUCAUCUAUGCUCUGCGGAGCAAGGACCUGAGGCAUGCCUUCCGGAGCAUGUUCCCCUCGUGUGAAGGCACCGCGCAGCCUUUGGAUAACAGCAUGGGGGACUCGGACUGCCUGCACAAGCAUGCCAACAACACGGCCAGUGUUCACAGGGCUGCGGAAAGCUGUAUCAAGAGCACGGUCAAGAUCGCCAAGGUGACCAUGUCUGUGUCCACAGACACGUCUGCCGAGGCUCUGUGAGCCUGACGCCUCUCUGGCAGCACAGGAAAAAGAAAUUUCUCUUUUUUUUA